AUGGCCCCGACUCGCAGAAGUUCGCCUCGCAUAUCCUCCAGAGCCCCUCCUGGCUAUAAUCACAAACGAAUUGUUGACGGACUGACGUUGGGAGCACGAUAUCGACGCAACUAUGCUGGCGUUCAUGACGGAAAAGAACCUUUUUAUCCUCCGCUCCCGCUUCCAAUUCCAAAGGACAUUCAGCCAGCUGACCCUCGUGGGCCGGGCUUAACCCUCAACGAUCUUGAAUGUGUGAAGGCACUGGGAAGAGGCGGGAAUGGGAGCGUCCUGCUAGUACGGACUCGUGGGCCCGCAGCCGAGGGUGGGUCAAAAGUGUUUGCACUCAAGGCCGUUGGGAAGAAGGCUUUAAGACAACGGGAAAAUUCUGAAAUCGACAACGAUAACUCCCGUGAACGGACAGCGCUUGUCACCAUGGACUGGCAUCCAUUUGUGUGUGGGCUUCUCCAAACUUUCUAUGACGAACGGAAUAUCUACUUUCUCCUCGAGUACGGCUCUGGUGGCUCUUUCUCGGACCUCAUAACAACGCAAAAUCGUCCAAUGACUCCUGCGCAAAUGGUCUUUUACUUUGCCAACAUCAUGUGUGGCUUGGAACACCUCGAAAAGUCAGGCAUCGUCCACCGAGACCUCAAACCCGGCAACAUCCUUGUCGGAGCGGACGGUUACCUUCUCAUCUGCGACUUUGGGCCUUCCAUGUUCGUUCCUGAGCCUGGCGCGUCAACCAAUCCAGGUACUUCUUUCGCGAAUGGUGAAGGAACAACGAUGUACCAAGCGCCGGAGGCAUUUAUCGAUGGCCAUCGUGGGCAACCCCCCGACGUCCGCUAUGGCACGGCGAUCGACUGGUGGUCUGCUGGGGUCAUAUUGUACGAAAUGGCCACAAACGAAUUCCCUUAUGACCCACAAUCAUCACGCAAGCCGGAGCAAAGAAUAGCAGAUGCGGGCCCUAAUAUCGGAGAAGAGAUGUUCGCGCUAAUCCAUUCUCGUCCAUUUCAAUGGCCAGCGCAAAUCCGUGUCGGCAGAAAACUGAAGAAUCUUAUCAGCGGCCUGCUGACCAUCAACGCCAAUGAGAGGCUUGGAGCGUGCGGGGGCUUUGACGAGGUCAGGCAACAUCCGUGGCUGGUCACGGUCGACUGGCCCAGGAUGCGGCGGAAGUGGUAUCUGCCACCAACCUUAGAUACGAGGCCAUUUCCAGACCGGCCUUCAAAGCCUGUGAAGCGUAGUCAAUACCCUGGACUUCACUUCGUAGAGUCGUCGUAA